AUGCCGGCCCUCCUGCUCCUCGUACUCCUGGCCUCUAGCGCCGGCCAGGCCGGGGCGCGCCCGUCCAACGCCACGAGCGCCGAGUCCGCGGGCCCGCUGCCCGCCCUGCUGGCGCACCUGCGGCGCCUGACCGGGGCGCUGACGGGUGGCGGGGGCGCAGCGAGCCCGGGCGCCAACGGCACGAGGACCGGCCCCGCGAGCGGGGCGGGCGCGGCGGCCCGGGCGCCCCCUCCCGCCGAGCUCUGCCACGGCUACUACGAUGUCAUGGGCCAGUACGACGCCACCUUCAACUGCAGCACCGGCUCCUACCGCUUCUGCUGCGGCACCUGCCACUACCGCUUCUGCUGCGAGCACCGUCACAUGCGCCUGGCGCAGGCCUCCUGCUCCAACUACGACACGCCGCGCUGGGCCACCACGCCGCCGCCGCUAGCCGGGGGCGCCGGGGGCGCUGGGGGUGCGGGCGGGGGGCCAGGGCCCGGCCAGGCCGGGUGGUUGGAAGGGGGCCGGACGGGGGGUGCCGGGGGCCGCGGGGGCGAGGGCCCCGGUGGCAGCACAGCCUACGUCGUGUGCGGGGUCAUCAGCUUCGCCCUGGCCGUGGGCGUCGGCGCCAAAGUGGCCUUCAGCAAGGCGUCCCGUGCGCCCCGGGCGCACCGGGAGAUCAACGUGCCCAGAGCUCUGGUGGACAUUCUGAGACAUCAGGCGGGGCCUGGGACCCGCCCAGACCGCGCCCGAAGCAGCUCCCUGACCCCGGGGAUCGGCGGUCCCGACAGCAUGGCCCCCAGGACGCCCAAGAACCUCUACAACACCGUGAAGACCCCCAACCUCGACUGGCGAGCCUUGCCGCCGCCCAGCCCCUCCUUGCACUACUCCACGCUGUCCUGCUCUCGGUCCUUCCACAACCUCUCGCAUCUGCCCCCGUCCUACGAGGCUGCUGUGAAGUCCGAGCUGAACCGCUACUCCUCCCUCAAGAGGCUGGUCCCUGUCACUUGGGCCCCUACCAGGAUCAGCUCCCUGCUGGCCCCGGCCAAAUUCUCCUCAGAUAUCCCUGACCCCCGCAGGAUGGGCCAAAGCUGGUGA